AUGCAACAAAGAUCAAAUAGGAGAAGCUGCUCCUAUAUACCACUCGGGGUACAUAAUAAUGCCGAAAAGAGCUUGUGCACCGAAGUUGCUCCAGCAAGAAAGAACAAAAGGUCUAUUACGACUUCUCCCAUAGUCAACAUCAACGUUGUAGAAAGAAGACUGUUUAAUUUGGAAUUGGAAAAACAACAACUUCGUGCCAAAAAUCUGUCUGAGAACACAGGUGGCGGAAGCCCCAAUGGGGGUGCUUAUCUGGACGCCAAAAAAGGAGUAAGAGAACAAGAUCAAUACCAAGGAGGUCCCUCGAAAGAGCUUGACAGGCUACAACCACCACCUUCAAUGAAGAAAAGCCCUCCAAGGAAGAAGAAGAGCCUAAAGGACUUGAUAUAUGAAACGAACAAGACAUUCUAUCAGGUGGAUUCUAACAAGGUUAAAUAUAAGGUAGGUCUAUCCAAGAAACAGCUAUUACCAUCCAAAACGGUAGACAACUAA